UCCUGGAUCUCUUUACAGGUUGGCAUUGUGGGAAGAACAGGAGCUGGAAAAAGUUCUCUCGUCUCGGCCCUUUUCAGAUUGUCGGAACCCAAUGGUAUAAUUCGGAUUGAUGGGAUCUGGACACACAACAUUGGACUUCACGAUUUAAGGAAGAAAAUGACAGUCGUACCUCAGGAACCUGUUUUAUUCACUGGAACAAUGAGGAAAAAUCUGGAUCCCUUUCGUGAUCAUACAGAUGAGGAACUGUGGAAUGCCUUAGACGAGGUUCAGCUUAAAGAAGCCAUUGAAGGUCUCCCUGGGAAACUGAAUACUGAAUUAGCAGAAUCUGGAUCGAACUUGAGUGCUGGACAGAGACAACUGGUGUCCUUUGCCAGGGCUAUUCUCAGGAAAAAUCAGAUAUUGAUUAUUGACAAAGCCACAUCCAAUGUAGAUCCAAGAACCGAUGAGGUAAUUAAGAAGAAAGUCCGUGAGAAAUUUGCCCAGUGCACUGUGUUAACCAUCACAAACAGGUUGAGCACCGUUAUUGACAGCGAACAGGUGAUGGUUUUGGAUUCAGGAAGACAAAUAGAAUACAGUUCGCCAUAUAAGUUGUUGCAAAAUAAGAACAGCCUAUUUUACAAGAUGGUGCAACACCUGGGGGAGGCCGAGGCCACUGCCCUCACUGAGACAGCAACACAGGUGCACAUGUGAAGGAAAUAGCCAGAAAUCACUCACAACGGCCACGUGGUUCUGAACGUUUCCAGUGGACGGGCCUCUGCCUGAACGGUUUGGGGGCAGCACUGUGAUCCUGCCGUGAGGUCAAGUCUACUGCAGAGGCAUUUCUCCAAGUUUUUGCACUGCAUAAACUGUAUUGUGCUGUUUUUAUACCAGCAACGAAUAUUUAUUCAUACAGGAUGUUAGUUUAUUUUCAUUUUUUUCCUCUCCACCUUCACCCAGUGAUUUCAAGCUCUUAAAAAAAUGAUUUGUUAUUUUUAUUUAUAUGUUACACUAUUUUUUUCUUAUCCAAAUCAGAGGUUCAGGCCACCAAUAAAAGCUGUCUCUCAGGUUUGUGCCUCGAGAGACUCCAGAGCCAAAGCUCAUUUUCUAAGGUAUAAGAGAAAGUUGUCACAGAGGAUUUCACUGCUCCUUCCCACCGCCCCAAUUGCAUCCUACUUUCCGGUUGUAUCAGGAAUUCUGUUCACCUGAAGACUUUAAAGUUGUCAUUUUCACUCACUACUUCCUUUAACUAAACUAGGAUCCAUUAUUCCACCCAAAUACUUCAUAUGGAAAACUAAAAAUAUACUUUAGUUUGUGACAUUAUAGAAGAGAGGUGUCCCCCCCCUCCAAAAGUUAAAAUGACAUAUGAUUAAAAUACAGAAACACAAUCUUUACAUGUUCUAAAAGAGAAGGAAGAGAAAAUACGCUUCUCAUAAAAGAGGGAUU